UAUCCAUGUAGCUAUCGAUCAGUAUCCGGAGAUGAUGAUGAUGAUGAUGAUGAUGAUGGUGCUUUCUUGAACCGAAUGAACACAAAUGGAGUAUUACAUUACAGCUGCUGCUGCAGCGUAUGUCUCUCUAUAUCAAUCAAUCAAUCGAUCAGGUUGAGAAAUUAGUUUUAAUGGCCGUGCAAAGGCGCCCAGUCAGUCAAUAUAGCUGCUGCCACGGGGGUAGUCGAAGGAACAUCGUUGAUGUUAUAUCAUUAUUAUUAUAUUCGUAGAGAACAUCGUUGUUAUCGCUGCUGCCUGGUGGGGGCAGGGCAGGGGAUAAGCCAGCCAGCCGCCCGCCCAUUUGGACCUACUAAUAGCAACCAACGAACGUACGAAAGAAUGAAUGAAUGGCCAACUUCUUCCGGGGGAGGGGCAAUCCAUAUAUAUAUCCAUUGGAAUCACCGUAUGUAUGUCGUCGUCGUCGUGAUUAUUAUGCGUCCAAGAGAUUAACGCCGCCGCUGUGUGCCGCCGGCGGCAACUAUGAGAACCGGUUUGUUGAGUGCAUGACGGCGUCCACGUCCACCCCGUUCGGUGGUGACGGUGGUUCCCUCCUCCACUCUCCUGGCUCCCCGUCCUACGCCUAUCUCCUCCGCUCCGCCCAGCAAAACCCUAGAUGGUUGAACCGUAGCAGCAGUCGUAAUAGCCGGCCCCCUCUGCUCAUCAUCACCCCUUACACCUCCGGCGAAGUCCGAGCAGCCAUCCUCUGUUGCCGGAGGCAUGACCUGCAGGUCCGAGUCAAGAGCGGCGGCCAUGACUACGAAGGGCUCUCGUACCGGUGCACCCCCAGGUGCGUGAUCAUCGACCUCCUCAACCUCCGCGCCAUCAGCAUCCGGCUGGAAGACGACGGGGGGAGGGGGACGGCCUGGGUGCAGUCCGGGGCCACGCUGGGGGAGCUCUACUACAGCAUCGCCCAGGAGAGCAGGGCCCACGGCUUCCCCGCGGGGCUGUGCCCCAGCGUGGGCGUCGGCGGCCACUUCAGCGGAGGAGGAUUUGGGACCCUGCUCCGGAAGCACGGCCUUGCUGCCGACAACGUCCUCGAUGCCCGUCUGGUGGACGCGGAGGGGAACGUGCUGGACCGGAGCACCAUGGGGGAGGAUCUGUUCUGGGCCAUCCGAGGAGGCGGCGGGGGCAGCUUCGGGAUCGUGCUGGCCUGGAAGAUCAAGCUGGUGCGGCUUCCGCCUGUGCUCACCGUUUUCACCCUCCGCAAGAGUCUUCGAAGAGGAGGAGGAGAGGAGGAGGAAUGCAUACGGCUGAUCAACAAAUGGCAACACCUGCUACUAUCAUCAUCAUCAUCAUCAUCAGCCGACUACAACAACAACAAGACGACGACGACGAUGCCCGAGGAUUUAUUCAUGAGAGUGGUGAUGCAACGGUUUAAUUACAAAGAGGAGGAGGCGCUGUUCAAUGCGUUGUUUCUGGGGCCCGCGGGCGAGCUGAUCCCGGUGAUGGAGAGGAUAUUCCCAGAGCUGGGGCUGCGGCAGGAGGACUGCGCCGAGAUGAGCUGGAUCGAAUCGGUGCUGUACUUUGCAGGGUUCCAGAGGGGGGCGCCCCUGGAAGUGCUGCUGAACCGGACGGUGCAGUACAAGAGCUACUUCAAGGCCAAGUCGGACUUUGUGGAGAGGCCGAUCCCGGAGGACGCCCUGAGGGGCAUCAGGGAGCGGCUGAGGAGGAGGAGGGAGAGGGCGAUGACAGCAGCCCUGGUGGUGAUCAUGGAUCCAUUUGGGGGGAGGAUGGACCGCAUCCCGGCGUGGGAGCUCCCAUUCCCCCACCGGAGAGGGAGUCUGUUCAACGUACAGUACUUGGUGAAAUGGACGGACGAGGACGAGGACGACGAACAAGAGCAGCAACGACGGCACGUCAGAUGGAUCAGGGAGCUGUACAGGUACAUGAAGCCGUACGUCUCGAGCUCCCCCCGAGCUGCCUACGUAAAUUACAGGGACUUGGAUUUAGGGGGUAAUAGUAAGAAUAAUAAUACCGAGGAAGUUGGGAAGAAGAUCGGUUGGGGUAGAAAAUACUUCAAAGGGAAUUUCAAGAGAUUGACGGCGGUGAAACAGAGGGCGGAUCCGGGCAACUUCUUCCGAAAUGAGCAGAGCAUCCCCCCUGGCCCUUGAUUAUCCAUCCCUUAGCUCAUUAGCUAAUGAAUAGUGAAUCCAUCCAAUUGAUUUAUCCACUUCCAAUACGAGAUUGAUGGAUGGUUGUUGACAUUGGCCAAUGGAUAUGCUUCCUCCUCCCAAA